CAUGUGUCAAACUCAGAGUCAUGCCGGAAAAUGGUGGAUUGAUGUGUGCUGGAGAGAGUUUCCGUUUCUCUUCAGCGUUUAUCGCUGACUUCGGAGAAAAUGAGUGAAGCCAACGAACCAGACUUCUUCGGACAAGACCUCCUUUCAGAGGCUUUGGGACAAAGUGGCCUGAAUCUCGAUGAAUUCUUUGGAAAUGCACCCGGCAAUGUUCUGUCCCAGGCAAUUUUUGAUGUUGGUGAUAUUGGGCCAAACGAUUCCGACUUCCUCGAUAACAUAAAUCUGGGUGAAAAUUUGAGUCAGGACUCUCCGUUUAUAACUUUUGCAGCUCAAAAUAAUGGUCCAAUUUCUUCUAGUUCUGCGAGUACCCUGGAAAAACCACAAGUGACGGGAAUCCAGACAACUUUUUUAGACCUACAAGAAACACUAGGUCUUCCUGACCUCAUUUCUCAAGGAAGUAUUUUUGACAGUCCUGGUCAGAGUUUGCUAACUAGUCAAAGCCGGCAAGGUGCAUCAAAAAUAUCUUCUCCUUUAGGUUUACAAAGACUGCAAAACUCGAAUUCUUCACCGUUAUUGCUUAAUUUAUUGAACAGUGAGAAUUCUUCAUCUUCCAGCGUUGCAAACAGCUCCAACGAUACCAAGAGGGAAUUAACGAAAAAGUAAGUUUCAAACUAACUUAUUACCAUGUUAGGUGUUGUGAAUCAUUUAACUUUUUUGUAAACUUGUAGUAUUCAUCUUUUUCAAAGUUGUUUUUGUCAUGUGUUUUGAACGAGUACAAAUUUAGUUUCUUUUUUAUUGUUUUGUUACUUGCCACUUCCUGUCUAAACUGUGGUCUUAUUUCCGGUUUGAUUUUAUCCAUUGUCCUUGAGAAGAGAAGAUCUGGAAGUUAAUAAAAUUAACAGUCUUAUUCCUAAUGGACAAGAGACAUAUAUAUAUUCAAGCGCAGCAAUGGGAAUAUCUAGGUUAUCACUUGAUUUAGAGGUUAUUUUUGUAGUGUUGUCCCCAUUUGUAAACUGAAAGGCGCUCUCACUUGUAACAAUAGUUUGAUGCAAGUCAAAUUUGUUUCUUCUAUUCAGACGUACUGCUCAGUCAAUCAAUAUUAUUUAUAUCCAAAUUAAUGAUGCAAUAGUUUUUAUUUAUACACUAUGACUGUUAAAGUGUUUGCCCUCGGGAUAAUGGGGUGUUCCGGAGGUGUGGUCCCAUACUUUAAAAACCUCAAACCUCAGUGUUGUAGGUCCAGGUUCAAGCCUUGAUUUGUUGUUUUAUUAGAAAAAAUAAAACAUGGCUUUUUUAUGUCUUUCUUCACCCAGUUUUAUAAUUGGGUAUCAGCAACAUCCUGCAGGUUGCAACCCUGUCCGGGUGGAAGUGGCAAUACAGUAAAACGCUGCGAAGAAGAACCUAGAUUUUUUGAAGUUUAGCAAACAGGGUUCUCAAUAGAUUUUUAAGUUGGAACUGAUAAAUUCUUAAAGUUUGGAGGUGUCAAAACAAAAAAAGAAAAGCGACUUAAACACAAAGUAUUGGAAGUUUAUUGAGAACCCUGAAAAAGGUUUUGGAGUAAUUUUUAGGAAUUUUUAUGAAGAAGGAUACUGUCGUUGAUUACAAGAAAUUGCUAUAAAUGGUAUUUGUCCUUCAUAAUAGGCAUUUAUUUACCAAAAAUCUAACAAAACUAGGUUAACAGCUAGAAGAUAUGCAGUUUUCAACAAUGGUUGUAUACAUUAUACAUUUAUUAUAUAAUGUAAUAUAAAUUUCCCAUAAUAAAGCCAGACCUUUGGUCAAAAUGUUUAUGAAAAUGUAGUCUAAUCCCACAAAUAAGAACCUGUUAAUUUUUCUUGGCUAAACUGGUUCUUUUAUUUUGGAGUAUUAAAAUGACAAAUUUCUGCCAGCAGGUUCUCAAAUCCUAGGUUGGUUCUUUGCGGCGUUUUACUGUGCUCCGAAGUGCUUCACAUAACUAGUACUGUGCUCACCUUAGAAAACAGCUGACAUUUCACGACACCACCAAUGGUUUCCCGAUAAAAUGGCAUCUAAGGAAUGAGCCAGAUAUUCCCUACUGAUGAUGUGUCACUAUCCAGUUCUGGGUAGUACUUUUGAUUGGUCAUGCUGCAACGGAAAUUUCCUUCAAAGAAUCAGAAGCAGUACCCAGAUCUGGAAAGUGACACAUCAUCAAUAUGGAAUUUCUGCACUUGUUCCUCAGACAUCAUUUGGCAGGGAAACCUGUGCUGGCGUCAUGAAAAAUGGGCUGUUUUCGUAGGCUAGCACUGUGCUAUUUUUGCUAGUGAGAGGUGUUGAAUGGGCACCUCCUGUAGUUAAUUAACUGCUCCCCUUAAAGAUUAAUGAAAGCCACAUCAACUAGUUGGAAAAUUUAUAAAGCACCUUACCCAUAAUAUUGAAAUAUGUUCACAAAUGAACUAACAGAGCAAAUUUGUGAAAACAAUGUGGAUUUUUAAACGUUUUAUUUUAACUCAAAGUAAUAUUGAAUAAAAAUUUUGAUUUUGUGAAGAGUAAGAUUGUAUGGUGUUGAUGUAGUGGUAACUGUGUGGCCAUAUUUUCUUUGUAAAGGUGAUAAAAUCAAAACUUGUCUAUGUCCUAGCAUUUAAAGUAAAUUUUUACUGCCUGUAAAUGUCACAAUUUGCCCUGGAAAUGACAUUCUUCAAAUGACAUUUCCCUAUUUGAAAAUGUUUUGCCAAGCAUGAAUAGCACUAAGUUUUUCAAAGCUUUUAUUAGAAUUCAAAAUCAAAUUAAACUGUAUUUGUUCAUGACUUAAGUUGAAUUGAACUUUUAGGUGCUCUAAUUACUACUUUUAGAUAAAAUUAAUGCUUGUGAAUCUGAGAGUAAGCAUUUAUUUGGAAAGGUUCCAUGAACAGCCUGUUGUUUUAAGCUGAAUGUAAAUUGCAACUUGACAAUGUGAUAAUUAUUGCAUGUGUCUAUUUAUGGGUCAAGUAGUAAUUUUAUAUUUUACUUUCUAAUUUUGUGAGAUUUGCAAAACGUUUUGCUUUUGUCAUCAACUUAUUUUAUGUUAUUUUAUUUCAGAGAUGUUUCAAGGUUGUGGUCAAAUCAUGAUGUUACAUUAAACCAGGUCUCAGAGGUGGGUUAAUCUGGUUGGUUUUGGCUGAAGUUUCAGAUGAAACACUUGCAUAAAUCGCAAAUCAAGGCAUUUAAGUUGGCUCAAUCUAUCUUUGAUCCUCUUAUACGUAAACCGGUUGAUAUUUUUUGGAAAUCCAUCAUAACACAUAGAUUACACAUUGGCUGAACUAUGUUAUGAUAGAAUUUUUUGUGCAAUCUGAAUGAAUAUCACGUGACAAUGAUGUUACAUAUCUGUUUUAGUUCUUAAUAGAAUGAAUUAUUUCAGCUCAAUUUUGGUUUAACAGUUAUAAACUACUUUGUGUUAUUAACAGUUCCACUUACAUGUGAAUUUGUGAAAAGAAUGACUUUUAAUAGACUGGAUGAGAGGUAACUGAUUGUAGAAUGUUUGACAAUUUAGGUUGAUGGUGCUGCAAGCCAUGAAGAUGAGGAAGAUGAAGAAGAGGACGAACUUGGUCACACAGAUACCUACGCUGUUUAUGUGCCUAGUAAAUGUAAGAUUAGCCUUUGUGUAUGAUAGUACUCUGGUAGCAAAGGAAAUACAGGUGGUGCACCAUGAGAUUAAUAUAUUCUUUUAACAAUUCAGAGCAAAUAAUAUACAAAUGAUAUAUUUGUAGGCAGCAAGAUUACAAUAUCAACAACAGUUGCUAUUGUGUUUAGUAUUAUUUCCAAUCUAUACAGUGGUUUUACAUAAAUUAUAUGAGUUAAGUAAUUUAAGUGAGUUAUUAUUUUAUUGCAUGACGUUGCCUUAUGUAUUACUGACUUGAGGGUGUCAUUCUCCAUUAACUGCUUUUAACAAUUGUGUUGUAAAAUCAGUGCAAGUCUUCAAGUGAAACUUCCAUUCUCUUUGAGUAGGUUGUUUGUUUGUUUUUAUUUAUUUGUUUACAAGGUUGUGCUUUAUAUUACAGUGAGAAUAGGAAGACGUCAUCCAGAUCCUGUCGUUGAAACAAGGUAAUAAGAUUAAUUUAAUUAGAACAAGGAGCAGUGAAUAAUGGUGUGUUUUAGUGUGAUAGGAACCCAAAGAAAGGUGCCACGCAGUGUGCAAGCUGCGCAACAUUAAACGAGCCUGCUCGGAGUUUGAAAAAGAAACAUCAGAAACUAUAUGUAUUCAAAAGAAGAGAUCAGUAUUCUGGCCAGGAAAUUUCCUUGAGUCAAUACUGGGCAGACUGUACUUCAGAGGAUUGUUUGUUGCAUCGAUAGGUUAAAUUUUAUUUGUAACUGCCGUUGUAAACUGAGCUCCUUUGAGCGCAAUGCUGUAAUCCUCCUUUGGUGAUUAGCUUCACAGCGUAGCGGUUGUUUUGUUGGAGCCACUUUUUAGAUCAGUCAUGGUUUCGGUUCUCCUAGUGAACCUUAUCAGUUGCCCAGUCUUAUGCUUUGUGUUUAGUUGCGACCAAGUGCACAAGUAGUUCUCGACAGAUCAGUGAAACACAUGCAUGUAAAACCCUUCAAAGUAACGCUGAAAUUAUCUUUUAAAGCACAGUGAAUAUUCUCAAAAGCAGAAGCUGCUGAACCGAAACAUGUUUGAAAACCAUCCACAUUGAGCACUGCGAUGUUCAUUUCGCGCAUGCUGAAGAAUACUGGUCAUGAUAUGUCACAUACUCAGUGAUAAUAUAACAUGAAGUGAGGUGCAUCAUGGGAUACUAUUUGAUCGUUGUCUGUAGGAUGAGUAAAAGUUUGCUCAAAAUGAGGUUUUCAGUAAAAGAUCGUGGAUCAAAUGAAACACUAGGCAAGGUUGAAGCAGAUUUCUAGAUGUAUCUGACCCAUAAAUUUGAUUUCAGCUUGAGGUAAACACUUUUCAAACUUGCAAAAGUAGUGGCCAGGUCAGCACGGUCCCAUAGCUGACUGUGUCCCUUUAAAUCAUUUUUGCAAAGAUUUUGUGGUUGAGCAAAACCUCACUCGUCUAAAGGACGAUUUUUGGAGUUAUCUUAAUCGUCUGUGCGAGAUUGUGGUCAUCUGGGAUGAUUAGUCGACUGCGAAUAUGGAUCCCUGCAAUAUUUAAAACAAUUGUUAAAAUCAAUCCUACUUUGUUAUACUCUCUUAGUCAUUUCUCCCCCUCUCCUUACUAGAAAUAAAAGAAGGAAAGAUUUACCAUAAAUUAUUGUUGUAUUUCUUACAGUUCAUUAUCAAGUGUGACUCCUCCUAACAUUUGGUAUCGCCUUGUGCUACCUCAAGAAGUUAUUGACUACUGUUACUUGUCAGCAUUACAGCUGGAAGCCAUUGUCUAUGCUUGUCAGCAGCAUGAGACGUUCUUAGCAGAUGGCAGCAGAGCUGGAUUUUUAAUAGGUAAUUUGUAUUUAUGUUUGUAGAGGUUCAGCCUUUUACAGCUACAACUGUGCAGUGCCUGUUUUUACCAUGCCACUACUUUCUGUAAGUAAGUAAACUUUUUUCCAAAUGUUUUAUUUUUACAUGUUUUUGGCACUAGUUUUGGCUCCAGCAUCAGCUAUUUCUUUGAUUAAGGUCAUUAAUAUUGAACAACUGCAUAGUUGAUAGUUGCCAAGUUUGUCAAAGUCAUUACUUUACUGGUACUUUUUUAUAUUUAACCCAUUCUCCCCUGAACCGUCCGUAACCAUCUGUGCAGAUCCACUUCCCUUCUACUGUUUGUGAUGUCAUCAUUUUCACCAUGUUAAAUGUUUCACCAUGUUUUGCACCCAAUUAGAAAAUGUUUUUCUGUAACAUGUGCACACUUAGUGAAAACAAUGAUAAUUCAAGCAGAUUUUUUAUUACAAAAAGCUUGUAGUGUCCAGAGAUGUUUUGACAUAACUUCAUUUUAUUACUGGACAGACAUGGUAAAGAAGUUGUUGAUUAGAAGAAGCCUGCAUUAAUGAAGGAACUGAAAAUUCUGGAGACUUAAAUGCUUUGCUGUGGCACUUAUAUAAUUACGGGAGUGAAAGAAAUAAUGGAAGUGCUGCUAACAGAUAUUGGAACUUCUCAGUAACUUUUUAGUAAAAACAGAACUUGGUUCUUUACAGGUGAUGGUGCUGGUGUUGGUAAAGGAAGAACUGUAGCAGGUAAUACAUGAUAAAAAUUAAUACUAUUGACAUAAUGUUUCUCUGUUUACGCUGUAUGUUGCCUUGUCUCACUCGAUCAGUGCAAGGGUGAUGAAUAUUUUUAGGUGCCUGUUUUUGUAUGAGUAUCACCAGUAACAAGAUACUCGCUGAGUUAACAAUAAUGUAUUUUAACUCUUUUCUUUCUUUCUCCUAGGAAUCAUUUAUGAGAAUUAUUUGCUUGGAAGAAAAAGGGCUAUUUGGUAUGUGUUCUGUAUGUUGUUGUUUAGUACAGUUCUUUUACACUCAGUGUUUAACCAUCUUAUUUGUUUAAAUCCUCCCUUAGCAGUAUGUUGGCUAUGUGUAGAGGAUUGCUAUUUUGUUUUCUUUUAUUAAUUGCUGUGCUUUUUGUUUGUUGACAGGUUGAGUAUUUCAAAUGAUUUGAAAUAUGAUGCUGAAAGGUAGGUUGGGGCAAAUUAACUAUGGCACUACACUGACCACUGUCUUGAGCUCUUGCUGUGAGAGAAGCUUGAUAACUUCGACCCCAGUUGGAUGACUUUGUUGUUUAAUCAUGGUGAUAUGUAAUGUAAAUACAGUGAAACCCCGUCUUACGGCCCUCUCUGUAAUACGGUAACAUCGUUAUUACGGCCACUUUAUUUUGACCACUUGGCCAAACGGCCAUACAUUUUCUUGUAAAAAUACCCUCUUUAAUACAGUCACCCGUUAAUACGGCCAAAUUUUUUGGCCCAUUGGUGACUGUAUUAAUGGUCUUCCACUGUAUGUAAAAUUAACAAAGGCUGUGGUAGUUUGCCUUUUGCCUCGCAAAGCUGCCAGUUUUGUGUGGAAAACAAAAAAAAGCAUUGGAGGAAUACAGCAGAUGACUUUAAAUAAGUUAGGUAUAGUUAUGCACUUAACACUAGCUGUUGACUUUGCUAUUUUCCAAGUUUUCAACUUUUUCUCCCUUAGGGAUCUGAGAGACAUUGGAUGUAGUAAUAUCCAUGUGUUCUCACUAAACAAGGUAACUCUAUAUUAACUCUUCCAUUACAUUUAGUGAAAGUUCUAGUAAAAGAGAUGUGAUCAGGAAUAUGUGCAUGGAAGCUGUUGUUACGUUAUUAUGGCUAGAAGUGCUAUUGUAUGCUCCACAAUGAUAGUAAUGUAUAGUAUUUGAUCUUUCUUUAGUUCAAAUAUGAUGCUAAAAUUUCUUCCAAAGUUAAUGGCAAAUUUAAAAAGGGUGUUGUAUUUGCCACAUACUCAUCCCUUAUUGGUGAGAGUCAGGCUACUGGCAAGUACAACUCAAGAAUGAGCCAGCUGCUACACUGGUGUGGACGAGACUUUGAUGGAGUGGUAUCCUUUUAAAAUCGCAAUGUGUCUGUUCUUGUACAUCUUUCUUAGGGUAGGAAUUGUAGAGAAAAUAACUUGAAACAUUUCCAGCAUUUUUGUUACAAAAAGGUUUUUCACCUGCUCUGGCAGACAUUUAGUAUAGAAAAUUCCAAAACUCAGAGAAAAAAUUAAGAAAAUGAAGCAACCUUUCACAAAAUGAAGCAAAUAGUUCGUCCAAAUCACUUGGACUUCAUCAGUGUUGUGAAUUGACAGGUGACACGUAACAAUUCUCUCUUGGGGAUUCAUGACUUUUCUGUUGUGCAACCUGUCAAUUCACAGCAUCUAAGUGAUUUGGACGAAAUAUUUGUUUCAUUUUCUUAAUUUUUGCUCUCAGUUCUGGAAUUUUCUAAACUAAGACUAGUGUUGUUGUUGUUGUUAUAUAGUGUAGGCACCCGUAAAUAACUUGUUCUGUUUUCCUCUUUACUUUACUAAACACUCCUUGUAUUUUAUAAAGUCUUUUUCUUUAGGCUUUGCUCAUUUGCUCCCCACCCCCUGCCCCUGGCAGGGAAGUCAUGUACAUUUGUCAACUUUAUCCAGUAUGAGUAAUCACAACGAAGUUUGAAACAACUCAAAUUCAUUUUUUUAAAAGCGAAAUUUUGGUUGGUGCUGUCAUCAUGGUAUCCUAAACUCCCUAUUGACAUGAGGGGGUAGGGCAAAGAUUCAUACUGUAUUUUAUAGCCAGUGCACAGAACAUUUUUCAACUUUUUAGUGGGAUUUCUCUGUUCAUUUGCUAGUGUCCUGUGUGCAGCGACGUUCAGUAUCAGGGUUAGAAAUUUCCGUAGACAGUCUAGGCUUCUGUAGUUUUUUUAACUUGACUCCCUGAAUAGAUAAUAUUGGAUGAGUGUCACAAGGCCAAGAACUUAGUUCCUACUGGGUCAUCAAAGCCCACUAAGACUGGACUUGCUGUGUUGGAACUGCAGAAUAAACUUCCAAAAGCCAGGGUGGUCUACUGCAGUGCAACAGGUAUGGAAUAAUGUUAGUAAACCUAAUUCAAAACUAGAUGGACUUUUGAGACAGUGUAUCCUUUGUUGUGACCAUAAUAUAGAGAGGUGCCUGUGUUAUUCAGAGGUAGUCCCUUAUACAGUGAAAUAACCAACCAGCUCUUACAGCUUUAUCUCCACUCCAGAAAGGAAAUAUCUACCUUACAGGGCCAUAUGCUUUUUGUUUGUAUAGUAGCCUUAGUAAGGUGAAGUCACACAUAUAAAUGUUGAUGUUGUCUGUUUUGUUAUAAAUGAUGAUUUUUUUAUUUAUAAUAAUUAUUUUUCAAUUACUUAUUGUGGUGCAGUUCUCACUUUUUGUCACUUCCACUUUUGAAUUGGAUCUGUGUUGGUCUGUUGAUUAUACAUGUAACUACAACUUAAUGCUUUUAUCAACUGUUUUGUUUUUGUCAUUUAGGUGCCUCAGAACCCAAGAACAUGGCAUACAUGUCUCGCCUUGGAAUAUGGGGACUAGGAACUCCUUUCAGAGAGUUUAGUGAUUUUAUUCAAGCUGUAGAAAGAAGGUAAAUUAAUUCCUUGGAGUGUUUAAAACCUCAAUUAACUGCUCUGUGAUUGCAGGCUAGAUAAAAAAGAGGCAUUAUUAUUUAGUCUCGAACUGUAGCAAGUCAGCAAUGUAGAGGCCCUUGAGAAGGCUGGGAUCACUAGCAUCAGGGCCACCCUCAUAUAAACACAACUUUGCCGGGCAGAACAGCUCUCUAGAAUUCCUGAAAAAUGCAUGCAUGCAUUCAUCCAAGCAUUGGACUGUGCUAAGGUUGCUGAUAGAAGUACUUGGUAUCUUGCCAUCCAUGGAAUUACCUCAGAUCUAUUAAUAUUAUUAAUAUUAUAAGGAAGACAAAAAUCAAACCAAUUUGAAGAGUUUUAAGCUAAAGAAAAAUUUGAACCAUAUCUUGUGGUAAAUAGGUAUAACAACAAUCUGUUUGCUUGCAGAGGAGUUGGUGCCAUGGAAAUAGUUGCCAUGGAUAUGAAGGUGGGUAAUGAACCAAAGCUGUGAGUCGUAUAAUACUUAUUAUUUAUAUUAGUUUUAUAUUCUGCACAAAUUAAAUGCAAUGUAUCUGUUUGGUGAAUUUUUGAACUUCCCUCAGGCACAUCCUGAAGAGUUGGACAUUUUUUGGCAUGUUUUGCAAAUUUACCCAUUAUGAACAACAGUAUUCAAUAUAACUGCCUGUAGUUUUCUAGUUUCUCUUUCAUUAAAAUUCAUCCACUUGAUUCCUUCUUUUCAGCUUCGUGGAAUGUACAUGACUCGUCAACUGAGUUUUAAUGGGGUAACAUUUGAUAUCAAAGAGUUGCCUCUGACAAAAGACUUCACUGACAUGUAUGAUGCGUCAGUAAAACUUGUAAGUAGUGAUGAAAGGUUGUUUCUAAUACCUAGGAGUGUUGUAACUAGAGGUUACAAAUAAAAUAUUGUAAGUAUAAUGUUGCAAGCAGAUUCUGGGCAGUAAAACAACAUCUGAUAAAAUUUGAUCUGAUACACACAGUUUGCUAAUUACAGACCUUUUAUUAAGUCAAUUAACAGUUAUGGAAUAAGGUUUUACAAGGGAGUCCUACCGCCAAGGGUUCUUUGGGUCUUUAUUGUUCAGUUUCUUUACAGUCAUAUGAAAAUAAUUUGAAACUGUUUUUGUGCACCUGAAUGUGCGAAAAUUGGUGCAAUUAGAAUAAUGCAAUUAGAGUGUUAUGAUCAUUAAGUUAUGAGGACUUCGCUGGAUGCACUUGCUAAAAUUCAUGCAGAUCACCAGAGUCUUUUCCGUUAAUUAUUUGCCAAAAGUCAUCCUGAAAAUCAUUACAAAAUCAUUUGCCUGAAUCACUGUCAACUGCAAGGAUCCAGUCUUGAAUAUAGAGACAGACAUCAAGAUGCAUUCUUUGGUUUUUUAAAUGUACUAAGGUGUAUUAAAGUCCUUUUCAUUCACUUUCAGUGGACUGAGGCCAGGGAAAAGUUUGAGAAAGCUGCAGAUUUGAUGGCAGUUGACAACAGAACGAAGAAAACCAUUUGGGGUCAGUUCUGGUCAGCUCAUCAGGUCAGCAAACAGUUUAUCAUUGUUGUUGUUAAUUUUUAUCUCAGGUAAUUUUUGUUUUUCUUUUGUUUUUGGGUAUGGUAAUGUAUGCUAAUAAAGUUGAAACAAAAGAAAAACAAAAGUUACCCGAGAUAAAAGAUUAACUACAACAUCAUCUCAGUUUAGCUUUAUAUAUUUGUUACAGGUCCAAAUCUUAUCCAAGUUAUUUUUUUUUUCACCUUGGUUGAUUCUCAAGAGACCUUUUUAGCCUGUAUGUUUUGUUUUCCCAUUUCAGACCACAUGAUGUUAUCCCCAGAGAACUGCCGUCCUAUGCACAUGCAUCCACGUGUAUAUGUAUGCCUAAUUAGUGAAAAGACAAAAGCCAAAUUCCCUAGAGAAUAUCACAUGGUCUAAAUUGGGAAAACAAAACAUAUAAGCUAAAAAGGUGAUUCAUGAACAAUUUUGCUUGAUCAGGACUAGACGGCAAAGAAAUUGAGAAUCAACCUACAUGUAGGAUGAAAAAUUUUAACCUGAAUUUAAUUUUGACCUGUAAAAUAUUCACUAACCUCACUGCUUUUAAAGAAAAAGUAUGUACAAGAUGAUAGCAUUUGCAAGGCUGUGCUUUAAAUUAAGAAAAAUUGAAGGGAGCUCACUAACUAAAGGCACCAGUGGUCACCCAACACUGCCAACACAGCCAGCCUGACAUGUCUAGAAUUAUCAAGCAUUGCUUUGGUUUAUUAUUUUGCCAUUUCUUGAGCUCUUUUUUAUGUAAUUUUAUUCUACCGCUCUGAUUAACAAAACUGUUGUUUGAGUUAAAAUUUCAGACUUGUGAUUGAAGAGCACUGAAAACUAUGUGAUGCACAACUGAAACUUGUGUUUAUUUUGCUCCAAUUUACAUUGCAGAGAUUUUUCAAAUACUUGUGCAUUGCAUCUAAAGUUAGCAGUGUUGUUGGUAUUGCAAAAGAGGCUCUGAGUAAUGGAAAAGUAAGUCAUAUAAUCAACACCAGUACUGUGCCAUCAAGCCUUGCCAUUAAACUGCUAGCCAAGCAAAGCAAAGUUUGUUUGAUUUCUCAAUUUUUAUCACCUAAACUCAAGCCCAGAGAUCCAAACUUCUAGCCAUCUCAAGUCAUGGAAAUUUAUGAUCCUUUAACUUGCACCUGCAUAAUCAAUCCUUUGGUCAAUGCAUCUGCUGUGGUUUAAUUUUAUCCUUGGUUCAAGUUUUAUUUUCCUUUGUUUUUGGGUAUGGUAAUGUAUGAUAAGGAGUUUUAGACAAAGGGAAACAAGGACAAAAUUGAACCACAGCACAUCCAUUCUUCCCCAGCUCCUAAAAGAAAGGAUCAACAUGCUUAAAUCACGCCAACCUACACCUCAGCACAUUAAAUGUUAUGGUAAACAAAGUCAUUUUUGUAGGGAAUCUAAUAUCUAAUCAUACAGUCUGUUAACAACAGCAAAAAUAUAUCUGAUGCUGUACAUUUAACAUUAUAUAGCAAAGAACUGUACCACAUUAAAUGAGAAAAUUACAUUUUUUGUUAGAUAUUUAGAGGGCAAACUCAUUUCCUAAAUUGGAACCAAAUACCAAAAGCUUCUGAUUCACGAAAAUAAUGAUGCCCAUUGUACAUUUUUCCUGUUGAUUGUUUGGAACAACAAGAAAAAUGUGUUGAAGUUUGUCUCUUUCAUUUUUUUAAACAGUGCAUUAUCGUAGGGUUGCAAUCAACAGGAGAAGCUAGCACCCUUGAGCAGCUGGAUGAAGCUGGAGGGGAGCUCACUGAUUUUGUUUCCACUGCAAAGUGAGUUUUAACUGUUAGCUGUCAUCAGAAAUGUGGUUCAUGCUGCAGGAGUUGUUGUUGUAGAAGUCAAAUGGCAAGGGUUUAUACCCAUAAAUGGGGAUAACACAAUUACUUAAUGUAGAUGUUGCACAAAUGUGAUUUAAUCAGUUUAUUCCAGUCUAUAACCUUGAGAGUUGAAAGUUAGGGUUUGACAAAAUUCCUGCCUGGUAGUCCGAGACUACUAGAUUUUCUUCACGGGCAAGUCACUUUUCAUAUUUGGUAGAGGGGCAGUUUCCCAGAAACAUUAGCCCCACACCCUUAGGCUUGCUGCCAAUGAAUGUCUCUGUGCCUUUCAUAUGUACACACGUACAUGUGUAUGCUUAACAAUCUCUAAAGUGAAAAUAGAAGGUCUAUACACAGGCUACUCUCAUCUUGCAACUUUCUCUACUAUCCCUUCCUCUUUGGCUGAAUAAUUUCCUCGUUUGGAAAUUGCUGGUACUGUUGACUGGUGACUUUGCCUGUUUGGCUUUGUGCAAACUUGGUAGUGGCAUUAAUCCUUUUAUACUACUACAUUAGAAAUUUCUGCAAUUUGAUUGGCUUAGAGCAGUUGUAUUUCAGCUUAAUUUGAAAUGCCUACAUGUGAAAGUUACCAAACGUUUGUGGGUAGUAGUAUAAACAAAUAAUAGCAUGAUUUGUACAUGAUCUUUGGCAUAAAUACCUCUCAUGAUAUUUCAAAAUUGUCUCAAAUUUCACUCACCUAGCAGCUCAUGAAAUUACGUAUAACAAUUUCGAAAUAUCAUGAGUGGUAUUUAUGCCAAAUAUCACUACAAAUCAUGGUAUACCUAUACUAAUUAGGACAAGUGCUCAAAAUGCUGCAAACUGGUACCUCCCAGAGUGCUCCAAAUCAAACUCAAAUUCAAAAUAACAUGGUAGUGAGUGAAAGGUCUACUGUUGAAGAGGUUUCAUUUGAAUGGUCUGUUUGAGUAUAUUCAUCAGCCUCAAAACUUAGAACCACCUCACAUGUCUCUGUAAUUCACUCUGGGGGUUACAUAUUUUAAUUAUGAAGAAGACUGCAGUAUUUAUUUCAAUGAUUUGAAUUUGAAUCUUUUGUUGCUUGUCUCACAAUUCAUUUUGUGCCAUUGUGUGUGUAUUUUUUUUAACAGAGGUGUGUUACAAGCAUUAAUUAAAAAGCAAUUUCCAGCACCAGACAGAAAAGUUGCUGAUCUGUUGGGUAUCGAUGAUUUUGACAGCGGCAUGCCUGGUCGGUCAUCUCCUGCACCUGGUCAACUCACCCCCAAAAAGAGAAAAAAGCCAGGUCAGUAACCUGCCUGUAGGCCUCUCAUCAAUUCAAGGAAGUGAAUAAUAAUAAUAAGAUCAAUAUUUUGUGUUGUAAACUUGUAUGCAUGAAAAGUAUAACCUGCUGCAUGAGUAGGCAAGAUGAAGUGAAUCCUGUAUUCUGAUUGGCUGCCUGAGCACAAUAUUGGCCUCGUACUCUAUAAUAAGGUUUUUCCCUCAACUUCGUCUUGGUCCCUAAAAUAUGCCAAUAUCCAGCCAUUUUUACCUCAUGUUUGGUCAAUAAUGCCUUUAUGUGUAAAAGUUUCUUUAGAAUUAUCAUUUUGUCUCACAAUGUAGUCACUACACAGUGCCAUGUCUAGCCUUUCAAUACAUUAAUUGGCUACUUUAUUUCACAGCUCCAAAGGCCCCCAAACCUAAGAGAGUCAAGACAGCAUUUGAGAGAAUUUAUAACUGUAAGUUGAUGACUUAUAUGGUUUUCAUAAGUCUGUUUCCAGGUGACUUUUUAUUGUUUUAAACUGUGAGCAGUCUAAAACAAAAAGUAAGUGUAUGAAAUCGUGACUAUGAGAUGUAAACUGAAUGUCUGGCUUGUUUCUUGCUCCUUGCAGCUUCCCUACUCCCUACAUGACUGCUUGUGUAGCCCCACUAAUAAUUAUAUUGUGGCGGUCAGUGUUGUAGGUAAAAUUCAUUCUCAGGUUAAACCAGUACAUUUCAACCUAUUAAGGUUAGCCUGCACCACAGACAAAACUUAACUUCUGUUUAAGUUUGUCUGCAAAACAGUGCCAAAAUCCUUGUUCUGGGUGCCCACCUGUGUACCAGGAUUUGAGUGCCUGCCAUGAUUGGCCUGUUAAAAAGCCAUUCUCAAUAUGCCAAUCAUGUUGAAGGGAAAUUUGAAAUGCAUCUCUUGUACAGUCGAACCUCUACUAAUGACCACCUCUCCACAAUGGCCACUUGUUUUUGGCGGACAGUUCAAACAUUGACUUUUGUUUAAACCUCUCUACAAUGGCCACCUCUCUACAAUGGCCACUUUCUUCUGUCCGCAAGGUGGCCAUUGUGUGGGGAUGUUCAACUGUAGUUCGUUGAGUCUGUAUGGGGCGUAGACCAAGGAUGUCAGCACUGCUUCGCGGACAUUACUAACCAAGGUUAGAUUACUUUUGUGAUGCAGGCUAAUAGGCACUAUAGCAAGUCAGGACACAAACAAAGAAGAUGAAUAAAUCAUUACUAUUCAUGUUUAUUCAGUUUCUUUGUUUGUGUCCUCUUAGACUGGCUAUCGUGCUGAAUUUUAAGACAUAUAAAGUUGGCCAUUAAGGUUAGCUUUUCGGUGGGGUUCUAACCCUAGUAACCAAGGUAAUAAAAAAUACUGGUAUAACCUGAGAAUGGUUUCAGACUACACCAGUUAAACUCAGUGAUACAGAGAUUGCAGUAACCUUUGAAGUUUUUCAAGCAAUUCUUGAACACUUGAAGUAAGUAGAUACAUAACGGACUGAUGGGACAUGUUUGUUCAUUAUUGCCAUUUUGCUCAGUGAGUAGUGGGUCUGACAGUGACUCUGAUGACAGUGAAAGGAGUACUGCUGACAUAGACUUGUCCUGCUUGAUACGAAACGAUGUAAACAAUGUGAAGGAGGCCUCUCCAGACUCCAAUGACAGCUCAGCAGGUGAAGAUGAUUUCAAUCCUUUUGGAAAUUCAGGAUCAGACGAUGAAGGUAUUUACAUGAUCGCAAAGUUCAUUUAUUUUAUUAUAGUUAGCUGCACUAAGCUUAGCAGGAACAUCACAACACGUGGUUUGUGACCAUGGACUUAACCUGCGUAGUAGGCGCAUGGAAUGUGGUCCUCAUUUGUCUCUUUCACAUGCCCCGGCCUUUCUUACACCCCUAUUACUUUCAUACACGUACCUUGCAGGUUACCGUAGACCCAUAUCAAUCCCCUCCCCCACACAACCCAUGAAAGUUUAAUGGUUACAUUCCACAGGUCACAGUUCAGGUGACUGGUACAGAUAAACCAACAGGGCCAAAAAUGUUUGCUGGUUCUAGUCACUGUCAAAAUCAUGUGGCUUAGGUUACUUUACGUACAGAAAGAAAGUACACUGUAAGUAAAAAAGAUGUGUUUUAGCCCCCCAAAAUGGGGCCGUUUGAGUAGGUUAAAUAUUGUCCUAUUUUGUUAGUCUUAUUUGGCUCCCUUGAUCAGCCAGAAGGUCAACAUAGUCCAAUUACGUAGGGCUGAUUUGGACCCAUGGGCUGAUGAUUGGGCUGGAAUAGGCAUUUGAUGGGGAAAAAUCUUGGCACUUUGGGGUUUAAACCGAUCCUUUUCAUUUACAGUGUAAACUCUACUGAUAACCUGUAGAAUUUGGUCCGUAAGAAACCAUUCUUUCUGCUGCCAGUUUUUGAAAGAAUGUUCUAAACUCAGUGUCAAGCUAUUCUCUUCUUAGAUCCUUGGCUUCAUCGGAAAAACAAUAAAAAUCCCAAGAGUAAGUCACAGACAGGAAGUGCUAAUUCAAAUGGGAUAGAUCCAAGCUACAGUGCCCUGGCUGCCGCUGGCCUUAGAGUUGGCAGCCUUCCAUGGAGCAUUCCACGACCAAAGAACGGUGGCCUGGAUUCACCUGCUCUGGGUAAGCUGUCCAGCAUGCUGCUGCUACUACCUGUUUCUUCUCUUUGUUUUUGUUGCUUAAAUUCUCUUAUAGUCAUUUGAUAUGACAGUCUGUAUUUAGACAGAAAAUAUUUGUGACUGUGACAGUGUGAAAGCAAAAAUGACUGGUAUUUUAGUUUUUUCAAAAAAGAAGGCAAAUGACCACUGCAAAUUAACCGUCAUCUGAGCAGAUAAGAAUAUAAGGGCUCUGGCAAGAAGCGAUAACAUAAGUCGUUUUGAUUUGUCCAAGGUCUACAGGUUCAAUUUAACCGCAACUUGUGAGUUGUCUCUCAUUUGUCGUAGAGAUAUUCUUAGGAAGUUGCAAAGCAAGCAAUAUCAACUCCACCGAGGGUAGGGACACAUUGUGCUGUGGGGAUGGGGAGGGGGUGGGGGGUGAGUGGAAGAUAACUGCGUGUCUCUCUAGACGAGUUUCCUUUGCUUACAGGUCAUUUGAGGACACUUCAUCAAUCAGCCAGUGCACCGGCACUUUCCACUCUAAUGUCGUCAGCUAACAGCGCAGCAAUGCCUUCAAGCUCAGCAGCUGAACAGUGUAGACUCAUGAAAAAAGAAUUGCUUGAAAAGGUGGACAUCCUUAGCAGAGCUUUGCCCCCAAACACAUUGGACAAACUGAUUGAUGAUCUAGGAGGACCAGAAAACGUUUCAGAGGUAAAAAAAAAUAAGGCAAAGCGAUAUACGGUUUAUACUUUCCUCAUUUCAACAAUUAAAGUCUAUAUAUAUAACAUUAUUGCUUGGUAUAUUAUUGUAAUUCAAGAAAACGUGUGAAAGUAGUGUUAUAAAACAACUGACACAUUUUAAAUGAAAACUAAGGUUGCGUUUCCUCACAGGCAGCCCAGACGUAGUUUGUGUUAACAACAUGGACAAAAUCGGAUCGAUCGGAGCUAGACUAAGAGACUAGACUAUUCUCGACGUUUCUCUGUUUGUUAUCGAAUCUGACACUAUUACGAGCCGCCACAUUGAAAAACCCUAUUAUCGAACUAAAAUAUCCUAGAAGUCAAAAUAUAUCAAAACAAAGCUGACAUACCAGGACCGACAAAGAGACGUUAAGUUUAAGUUAUGUUAACUAUAUUUUGUUAUAUUUUGACUUCUAGGCUAUUUUAGUUCGAUAAUAGGGUUUUUCAAUGUGGUGGCUUGUAAGAGUGUCAGAUUCAAUAAGAAACAGAGAAAUUUCUAGGGGGAAAUAAACCAGGGUAAGUCAACACACAAAGUGCGAGGGAGGAAAGGGGAGGUGGUCCCCUCUCCCCCUCGCGUGUCCCCCACGCGCGGCUUAGAAAAAAAAUAACAAAACUGGUGCCUGCUACGCAGGCUGUAGUAUCAUCGUUCACGCUGUAGAAUACACCCACUUUGCUGGCUAUCACCCGAGUUAUUUGAGUGUUCAGGCAAAUUAUGAGAUUUAAUGAUCAGACCGCCGAUAGAAUUUACGGAUGUUGGCUUCUUUCUCAAAUUAUGACAAGCUAAAGGUAAGCUCUAUGUUUUAAUUUCGUACCUCAGAUGACAGGGAGAAAAGGACGUGUUGUCAGUAAUGACGACGGAACCGUCAGCUACGAAUCAAGGAGCAAACAAGACGUUCCCUUGGAAAUCCUCAAUAUUGCCGAAAAGAAAAGAUUCAUGGAUGGCGAGAAGGUACGUCAAACAGUUCCCCCCCCCCCCCCCCCCCCGCCCCCUUGUAAAAUUAAAUAUUGAGAAAAUGAGUGAGUGUACUAAGGAGACCGCAAUCAACUCUACAACUUAACAGUUAUUCAACUUUUUUACAAAAAUUAAGUCAAUGAUUACUGUACAAGGAACAGCACUCUAUGAAAUAUUUACACUUGAAAGGUCAUCUCACUUAUGUAUACAAGCAGUUUUGAAAAAGACAUGCAACAGCGCUCUUUUGCAUAGCUGGAAAUUUCGUCAUGGUCGGAGAUGAACGGUUAGAAAUUAUCCAGUCUCACCGUUAAAUCCCAUCAGGAAAUAACAUUUGUUUUUGUUUUUUUAAUAUUUUUAUCAUUAUUACAGAAUAUAGCAAUUAUAUCAGAAGCUGCCAGUUCAGGGAUAUCUCUUCAGGCGGACAGAAGGGCUAAGGUACUUGUAAUUCAGCAGUUCAGUUAUCACUCCAGAUAAGAUAUUUACAUGUAAUAAACUAUUUAAACAGACUUCGCAAUCGAGACGUCUGACUCCCUAUUUGUGAGUGCCUAAAGCGCACGUGAGUUCCUAAAGCGAACAACCCAUUUGAUUUUUGUCAACUGCGUUAAAGUUGUUUUCUUCUUCAUCUCCCCUCUGCUAUCUGUCUCCUUUUUCUCCUCUUAUACUUCUUUCUUGAAGUAAAAAUACUGAGGUCAGGCGCGAGCCUGCUUGCUGGCAAAAGAGAAAAAAGUCAUUGUAAGUUAAGAAAGUUGAUUAAACCUUGUGUCUUUUUGUAAGUGUGCAGUCAAAUAUGGCUAUACCGCUAAGUUCACUCCUAUAACUGAUUUAUUACGAGAAAAAGAUUUCGAAUUGUGGAAGAAGGUGACCACUGACGAUCACUGUUUAAAUGAUCUUCUCCCCAUGAAGCGUACGCGGAAUCUGAAAUACAGUGGUCGCGAUUACGUUUUGUCACUUGUUAGGACUGAAAGGUUCAAGCAAUGUUCUAUCAAUAGACGUCUUUCGAAUUUUAUGUAGAUUUUCAAUUUAUAUGUUGUAUUUUAGUGUAUAUUAUUAUGCUAUUAUUGUUAGAUCACACGUAUGCUUGUGGGUGUUAUUUUCAUCAUCAUCUGACAUCAUCAUCAUCGUCAUUACAGAUCCUUUGAAUAAUUAUACAGAGCUACAGUACCCGUUAUAUUUGUUCAGGGGAACAUACUCCUUUGAAAUGUUGAUUAACAAAUUACCCAUUUGAAAAAAAUGGGGAAUUCAACACUGGGAAUGAGAGAGGCUAAGGCCGAGGAAACAAAGGGAAAGAUAAAUUUGUCAGUUGAGAAGAUGCGACAUUAAAAAUCCUCAGUUUUCAUCUAUUUUUUCAAGAAAAUUUGUUGAGUAUUAGAGUUGAGCUGCCUCCUACCCAGACGUCCUUUUCGUGAUGCAAAUUUGCGCGCAAAGGAAGGCGGGAAGGAUAAAACGGGCGAGACUGCGCUUCGCCUGUUAUUUUUCUCCUUCCCAUGGUCCCUUGCGCUUCGUCACCAUUCCCUCGCAUUUCUUGCCCGUCUCUGUGUGAAAAACGAAGUGGGUGAGGAGGAGGCAGGUAGUUGAGUGUGAACGGUCAAGUGAGUUGACUUGUUUGUUUCAGAAUCAACGGAGACGUGUUCACAUCACUCUGGAGCUACCUUGGAGUGCAGACAAAGCUAUUCAGCAAUUCGGUAAGUUAAUGUUUGCACUGUCAAUAGCCAUAAGUGAUGGGAAGGAAGGCCAAAAGCCUGUUCACAGCACGUCUUUCUAUUGGGGUCAGGUUAGAAAAUAAGCCAGAACUUAAGGGAAAAUAGAGGAAAGGGCUCCCCCUAUUCCUCCCUUUUACUUCCCACUCUUUUCGCCUUUUCACCUUUUCGCCCUCACUAAAGAGCAUGUUCAUAGGCUAAAGAUGGUGUACUGGCUGCAGUGAGUAAUGUUUUUACAUUUUUGUCCUUAGUAUAGAGAUAAACCCACGGAAUGCGUUGCUACAUGUACAAAUUAACUUCGAAAGUUGAAAGAGGUGGUUAACUUGAGCAAUCUGUUCAAUUUUUAGCUCUUUGCAAGCAAUAUUUAAGGAAAUAUCAGCCAUAAAAAACUGCAAAAUUGCUGGUUGGGUGGCUAUAAGCCAUACAUCCUUUGUAAAAUUUCGAGUCUCUAAUAGAGGAUUUCUCCGAAAAUCGAGCUCGAAUUUUCCCUGUUGAGUGAUGUUGCUAUGCUCUUUCAAUGUUAAGAGAUGUUAUUUUAAUAGCUUGAUCAGAGGAUGAUAAGAAUAUGCUAAUGCGUCAAAAAAUGUAAUCAAAGAUUUGCCUAUAAUGGUAAUGGCAAUGUAUAUGUUGAGGUUCAAUUUCAUCCUUGGUUUAAAUUUUAUUUUCCUUUGUUUUAAACUCAUUAACAUACAUUACCACACCCCAAAACACAGGGAACUAAAAAUUAAACCAAGGAUAAAAUUGAACUACAUAUAUGUUGUAUCUUCGACAACAGGUCGCUCCCAUCGGUCCAAUCAAGUGAGUGCACCAGAGUACUUGUUUCUUAUUUCUGAGCUGGCAGGAGAGAGGCGCUUUGCUUCCAUUGUGGCCAAGAGACUUGAGAGCUUGGUACGUACUUUUCCAUCCGUUUCAGGGUAGCACUAGUAGUUGAUAGUUGAGUAUUAUUACUUCUUAUAUUUACGUUUUUUGAAUGAAGUUUAAGCAUUUUCGCUCUCCCAGUUGAAAUUUGUGUCCGCGGUAAUGUUAGAAACACUCAGCGACUUUUUUCUGAAUGUAAAAUAACUGUUCUAAACUUCGAGAAUGGCUAAAAAUUUCUGGAUAACCGUUUCAUUCGUGGAAGAUAUUCAGUGUUUUUCUGCUAACUUACCCACGAUUUUUCAGGGGUUGUGUUUUCCACAUUUUAUUACCUAGAUAUUGUCAAGAAAAAAUGGUCUCCUGAAAAAUUCGGUGUAAAAAAACGCCCCCUAGAAUCUUCUAAUGAAAGUACGACUACUUCAGUAUCCUCAAACUUUCGACUGGUCCCAUCGGGGUAGGUAACAGUAUCGGAUGCGACAAAAAAAGCCACCUAAGACUUUCGAGACAACCAAAGUUCGCCAAAGACAUGCGAACAGAUGAAUCAAACAGCCUUCUAAAGCAUAGAGAAAAUCAUUUGACAUUUUCCUGACGUAUUUGGAAGCCUUCGGUCGUUAGGUGCCCUGGACAAUGUUUCUUACUGUUUGUAACCACACUAUGAUAUUCACCUAACUGGCAAAGUGAAAGGUUUUUUUAAUGUUUGAUGUCGUUCCAGGGAGCACUCACCCACGGAGACAGAAGAGCCACCGAGUCACAAGAUUUGAGCAGAUACAACUUUGACAAUAAGGUUAUUAAUUAAUAGAUAACUAUCCUGUGAUAUUGUUGUUGUGAACCUGCCCAUAUCCCAAGAGCCAUGUCCCUUCCUGGUAUGAUCUUAACCGUGUGGAUGCCACAAUUUAUGUAAACAUUUGUGCAAACCCAAAAGACCAGAAAACAAGUCAACUCUCUCGUUUAGUGUUGGUCAACAACAUCGAACUCUGGUCGCGCGAAGUUAAGGCAAGAGAGGGGAGUUGGGUGAUGUCAGUGUCCAUGUGUUCUUAUUGAACGGACUCAGAAAAAUCAAGAACCUUUAUUGAUCAUUUCCUUUAGUUUCAUGAACUUUGUUUAACUGCACAGCGAUUUUGUUAGGAGAAAAUAGAUUUUGGUCACUUGACUUUCCUUCAUUCAAAUGGAAUAAUCAUAAUUUAUUCAUUUCUAUAGCACAAGUUGAACUAAACGUUUUCAAAUGCGUUUUACAAUCAAUUUAAAAACUACCUAAAAAUGUGAAAAAUAUAGAACAUUGCACUUAUUGGAUAAGACUAUAUGCAUAAGACUAUUGAUGUAUAAGACUAUAAUUUUGAAAUAAGUGAUUAAAAUUUAAAAUUAAAUAGCGAGUUCCACGCAAAUUAAUAAUAGUGAAUAGAGAUAAUAAACGUAAGAAGAUUAGUGGAAGCAAAUUUUCUUAAUUAAUUCAGAGCUUAUCGAUGCUGGUAGUACACCAAAAUAUGUUAUACGUUACGGAUCUUAAUAGAUCUCGCUGUCGCCUUGGACACUCACCGCUGCCCGAGAUCGCUACUUUUAAGGCAUUUCCACGAAUAAUAGGGGGUUUAUUAAAUGUUGCAGUACGGCAGAGCUGCUCUGGAAGCUGUAUUGAAGGCUGUGACUGGUCAAGCAGCGCCCAUGAUUCCACCUCCGCAAGAUUACAAUGGCCACUUCUUCCAAGGUGUGGUGUUAAGUUAUAUUGGUGCUUUGAUUUUUUUCCCAUUCGCCACUUGAAAAACGAGGAUAAUGAGCCGAACAAACUUUCGCAAAGAGGUCUGGGACUGUUACUAGGGACAGAAAAAAAAAUGGCCAAUAGUUUACCAGUCCGUCCCCAACCUCGUCCCCAGGGCGCUUUACCCUGGCUUUGAACCACCUCCAAGGCCAGGGAAAAGCGCCCUGGGGACGAGGUUGGCCCGUCCCCAGUAAGGAUCCCAUAGACACUUGCGCAAGACACAUUUCUGCUCGAGCCCUCUUCUUGUUUUAGCCUGCGUACCAGGCGCUUGGAAGUACUGGGCGAAAGAGAGAACGGGCGCGCGAGAGAGAGACACGCGAGGGGUGAUGCAGCGCCUGCACGGAAGGCCCCGAAAAUCGUUUCAACUCGCAUUUUCCUGGGCCUUAUGGGCAGGCGCCCCCUCUUUCCUCGCGUGUCUCCUUUCUUGUGCCCACUACUUCCAAGCGCCUGCUACGCAGGCUAUUCUUGUUUCUAAAGUGGGUAAUUGCUCCCUUAAUGCCCUUGUCUUAUUUCUUUUAUUUAUUUAUUUAUUUAUUUUCAUUUGUUCAACAGAUAUCCGCACUGCUCUAAUUGGUGUUGGUCUUGUCGUUAAGGACGAGAAAAGUGGUCUUGCCUCACUGGAAAAAGGUGCUUUGUAGUCUGUAUAAAAUUGUGCCUUCAUUUAUACCCAGUAGGUCAUGAAAACGCGCUAAGGGUGUUCAGUUUCUCGGCUAACUUUCCAACGUUGGUUGUUGUUUUUGUUGUUGCUCUUUUUUUGUUCCAACCAAACCAGGGCAGUCGGCGGUCUUUUCCUAAAUUAAGAGAAUUUAGAGCAAAAAUUUAUCUUUCAAUUCGGCACUGCAUUACGUUCGAAAUGUUAGCUUUUGAGUCUCUUUAAGGUGAUAAUUUUACUUUAUUAACUCAAUUUUAUUUUUUGAGGUUGGGACGUUCAAUUUUUUUUCGUAAAUACUAUUGAGAGUGAACGAGUUGUGUGAUAAAAGGGUGAAAGACGGCUCACUUUAAAUUUGCUUUCACUCUGAAAUAAAUAUGCUUCGUUGGACGUCGUAAUUAAAAAGCCAAUCGUGAGGAGUACUCGAAUCAGUUUUAAGAAAUAAAAGAGCGCAGACUGCAAAAACCAGUGAACUACAUAUGCUCUUAAAUGAUGAACAGAAUAGAAUAAAGACAGUACGGUAAGAAAACGAGCGGGUAUAAUGGCAGGGUAAACGCAUUCCACAUACUGUGCGAAAUUAUAGUACCUUCUUGCAAUUUUGGAAAAUGAAUGUCUAGCAAAUGUAUGGGCUGUGCGAAAUUUCGCGGUAUUCCAAUUUGAAUAAAACUUUAGGCUAAAGUAUUUCAUGGCAAAUGGAAUCGUUCUUGUAUUUUUCCUCAAUUCAGGCGACUACUCGAACAUGUCCCGGUUUUUGAAUCGUAUUCUUGGAAUAAAAGUGGAACUUCAAAACCGUUUGUUUGCGUACUUCAUGAAGACCUUGUCAGUUGUCAUACAGCAGGAAAAGAGAAAUGGACGCUGGGACGAGGGAAUCUUGGGUAAGAGCUUGCUCUUUGUAAAGACGUGUUACUAUCACGUUUCGCUCUCCUUAUCUCUUCCUGGAUGUUCAAAACGUAGAUAGCGCUGUCAACUCCAUCCAGUGACCGAUAUGCACUUUGGGUCUGUCUUAAAUCAGAGUUUAGCCAGGAUUAAAGAAACUCAUGUUCUAACACUACUGUUUAUUUCAGAUCUUGGUGCUCAUGGCGAGGCAGUGAAUAAUAUAAGUGUAGAGACAUUUGUUGGCAAUUCAGUUUUUGGAACAGCUACUACAGAGCUUCACACGGUGAGUAUUUGGUCUUGUUUGAUUGACACUGCCAAGAUUGCUAAAAGUUAGUUCUCGUGGCCUUUCAUACUUAUUGCCUCUAUUUCAUUUACGCGCGUAAAUUUUACUUGCGUUCGCAAGGAAAAAUUACGCGACAGUGGAAAUCCACCCCAUGGGAGGCUUGCUCUGUUACAGCCUUCUUGAAAGCUGUUAUCUUGUGGUUCCUUUUGAUGUUUCUUUCAUCUCUCCAGCAACUAUUCUCUUACUCUCUCUCUCUCUUGCACUGAUGUUGCUUCUAAUUCAAUUCCAAGAACGUUUGCCCACUGGACUGGACUGGCCUGGCUUGGCCUGCCGGAAUGGUCAUUUUGCAAAUGACCAAUGGGCAUUUUGCGGAUGAAAGCAGAAACGGGCUUUGGGAAAGUCUGGUCUUGCCUACCAGUUCUAGCUAAUUGAAACGGCACCCUAAGUUUUCUUGGUCCAAGUUUACACCCAUGUACAAGUGAUAGCAAAAUUAACAGAAGCACUAAUCUGCUAAUCAAUAGUAGCUUUUGCCUUCGUGCAGACGUCUCCUAUUUCCUUUGUUGCACGCGGAAAACAAAGGAAAUAGGAGACGUCUGCACGCAGGCAAUAGUAGCUUCUGCUUGUAUUUAUUUGUUUCCAAACAAACACGUCUCUGAUCAUCAGCCUGAUCUGUUUACCGCGUCUGCAUACGUUGCUUCGUCGUGAUGUGAACGUGGGGUUAGUUACAAUUCCAAGUUCAGUUACCAUAGCUACGUUAUUUUGUUUUGUUUUUAUUUCACCAGGUGAGUGUUGAACGUGGCGUGUCUUGGGAAGAAUCGUUUCAAUUAAGGACAAGACAGUCACAACCUGCUGACGGCUACUACUUGUCCAAUCAGGUAAGUGGGCUAUAGCGAUAGUGUCAGUGGAGUGAUUGUCUGACGCCCUUCGACUCAUGGACUGCCAUGGUGACUACUUCUGGUUAGCAAGGAUUCGUACUGUUGGUUGGUGCCCGGCCUUCUUAGCGAGAGGUCCCAUGUUCGAUUCCCAGGUGUGACCUCAACGAAAAAAUGAAAUCCUUUUUCGACUUCAUUCCUUUCCGUGCAGCUAUAAGUAGCUUUAAAUGCCCGUAAAACUGAGCACUGAUGAUCAAUCGGCUUCAGGGUUUGUUGGUCAGAUGAUGACUAUUUCAAACUUUACCUUUCCUGUGACUUUUCGAACAUCUCGAUGAUUCGAACUGAAACUGAUUUCCUUUCCCUAGUGUAACCCUGUAAUCUUACCCUAAUUUGUCGAACCUAGAGCUCCCGGUAAUUCCAACCAAUUAACUUUUCCUUGGGGCUUGGACUGACUGACUGGCAGAAUGUUUUCCUGACGAAAGGACUUUUUGUCUUACUGGACUUGAUCAGCUGACUGACAGAUAGAUAAUCACCGACAAAUCACUUUCUUAGCAAGUUUCUAUAUUUAAUGGCGAGCAAACUUUGAAAACUUAUAGUAUAUAUGGUGGGCUAACAGCCAUUUGUGUUCUUUUUUGUAGUCUCGAAACGGCAAGAAAUACGCCAUCUUGGUCAUCUGUCAAUCGAGAACCAAAAAGAAGAAUCUUUACAGUGUAUACAGACCCAAUACCGGACUACAAACCAAGCAAGACUCACUAGAGGAAAUCAAGAAAAAGUACAAAAAGGUACACAGACCUCAUUUUCUCGUUUUCCAGAGAGAGGUUUGGUUUAGAACCUAUAGGGUGGUCAAUUUUAUGGAUUUCUAUUAUUGUAGCCUCAUAGAAAGCACCUUGUAUUUAUGGCGUUUCUGAUGUUUGGCGUUUUAAGUAAGAUUGGUGUAGAAAUAACCGUUCUUUUACCCUAAGAAUAACAACAGUUUUUAGGGGCACGUCUUAUCAUGCUGCCUGCCACAAUAUGGCGAACAUUUAGGAGUAUUAAAAGCUUAUUGCUUGAAAUCAAUCAGUCAACCAUCUUAGUUUCAUGUUUUAUGGACAAAAUGAACUAAAUCCUUGUCAGUUAAAUUACCUUUUACUAAAUUGUUUUGAUUUGCAAUUUUCAUGUUGAUACAAAGUUUCCGAAUAUCAUAUAGGAGAAAAAGACCCCGCCCUGUAUGCGUAUUAAUAGAUCAUUUCUGAGUUUAAUCUCUCACUUUCAAAGUGAGACUAUGUUCAAAACUGUUGACGUGGUAGGGAAUUUUACUGAUUCAAGACUUGGCGUUUACCCUCUGUGAUAAAAGAGGCCUGGGGCCGACUGCUUUGAAAUGUCCCAAUGACCUGAACUCUUGAUACUGAUAAAAGUCGACAUUUCGCUGGGUGAGGGCGUUUUUUGACUAGUUUGUUUUGUGGCAGGUCUCUGAUGCUGAAGCAAAAGCCAGUUGGGAUGAGCAGUACAAUUCUGCUCUGACUCAGUGCACCCAUGCAUAUUGGUAAGUACAAACACACCUUUAAAAUUGGGCCAACAUAUGGAAGAUGUACCCGCAUGCUCCCCCGUGUCCUUAAUACCUGUUGGGGAGACCAAGGCACCAACGUCGAACUUAACGGGGACCUUCCAACUUUGUUAGCCAGGAUUGGGUUCAGAAGGCUUGACUUUGCUAGCCAUUGUCGCCGUCACCGCGAAUAGGACAAUUGCACGAUGACGUCAAUUUACUACAACUACCAGAAUCCUUGAGUUUGUUGUUUUCUUGUGCAAAUUAAGGCUUUUGUUCAUUUAAUCCUCGCGGGAUUGACAAAUUUAAAUAACAAAGCAAAACCGAAAUCUACGUGCUAUCGUCAUCUUGUCUCCAGCGAGCCAAGACCUGUGCUGCAUCUAUGUGCUGGCUUCAAAUAAGACAGCUGCCGCGUCCAAAAGUUCCCCGUCCGGUUCCCCCAUAUCCACCGCCAAGAUUAACAAUAACUGAACUUUUAUUUUACGUUUUUUUUACGUUCAUUGUUAGGAAAGGGAAUUGUAAACGGAUGGCAUUGGGUUUAACCUGCGAAGUGGGCAAACGUCAACGAACGUUUCACAUUCUGAGCGGAUCAGUUCUCAGUGUGUGGAGUAAGCUAGAAAGUGUACUGGCGGGACAGCCUGGAGCUAAUUCCAAAGUACAAAUUGUGCGAUGCAGAAAAAGCGAUGGAUCCAGGAUAGUCGGUGAGCCCGCAGUCAUUGUUGUCACUCACUUGGGGGGAAAUCCCAUAUGAAAGAGAUGGAGAUGCUCAUCGUCUCGUUUAGGGGUGUCAGUAGAGUCCAUUAGAUUUUAAGACGAAGACGACUACGAAAACGAGAUUUUUUCAAUACUAAGUAAAGCUCGCGCUUGAACCAGCCCCAUUUUGGCGGGAAAACGCGAUAGCUGUUAUCAUUCUACUAAUGGUUUUAUCGAGAAUGUCGUAGUGGCGAAAACAAGUUAUCAAAAGUAAGAAGUUUUAUCAUUUUGCGAUCGGGAGAGGGCCUAACCUCCUUCAAUAAAGAUAACAGUGCUAACUUUUCUGGUAAAAAGAAGUUCAAUAAAGCUAUCCGGGGUGUACAUUUUUUCGAGAAUACGCGAAAAAACUUUUAAGUUUAAUUUCGUCUUCGAAUCUAAAGGUCUCUAAUUGCACAUUUGAGAAGCGCGUAGGGUGUUGUGAUGGAAAUCCAAUAUUUUCGAGCACACAGGUAUCGGCUAGGGCUGCGCUUCAAGGAGUAUAGAAAGAGAAUGUAAGUAUCCUUCUAUAACAACUUCCGUACAGAUCGGAACUGAAUUUACGGGAGCACCAAAUUGGCUGCUUGUUUCAGAAUGUUAUCGUAUAGGGGUCAAAUAAAUCUGGAGCGACUCAUUCGCUGGAGUGGGCGGUAGGCGUUCACGAUUGGCAGUAACGCGAUUGGCACUCGAGAACGCGAAAGGCGCUUUCCCAUUUAUCCCUAGGUUACCCCAGUAAAGUGACGUACAUUGUCAUGGAAUCUAAUCUGUUGUCUUUUGCUAUGCAGGCUGCCUCAUUCCAAGUAACUGCGUUCCGGCUUUGGCGAGAACUCUUAGUCCAGACAUUGUCUCUGAACAGAAGCCAAUCAUCAUAGCAGAGUAAUCGUCGUCUUGUAAAGAAAAAAAUCGGCUAUUUUCACAAUAGAGUCUACUUUUCUAUUGUAUAAAGUGUACAGAUAAUUAGAUAGUGAAAUACGAUAAAUUAUUUAAGUGGUCGUAUGCACCACUCGUUAAAAAUCAAAUUUACUUUAGGUGGAUUUCUAUUUAUAAAUUGCAUUUGCUCGUUGUCUGUAAAAUUGCAAGAAUGUCGUGGCUACACAAAAGUCCCUCUCAUUGUUUUUUAAACAAGUUAAAAUAAAGACGGCGUCGCUGUUCCCCGUCGGACAACGUGCUACAUCAUUAACUUUGAGCGGAAACUUACGAGACCUGUUAUGGCAGCCUUCAAGAUUCGUGAAGUUUCCAAUAGUUUUCUAAUUGGUUGUGGCACACGUUAGUUGCUGACUUUGAUUCGAUCAUGUAUACUUCCUUGGUUCCAACAAUGUUCGUUAUAUCAACGAAAACUGUUCUGUAUGUAGUUCAGCCUUUGUUUUGUUAGUCUUGGUUGUAUGACACGAAGUUUAUCUGAAAGUUGUUGCUUAUAGUCUGUGAAAAUGUAUAUCACGAUUUCUUCUCGAGAAUUUCAAUAACUGCUUGCCUUUUUAAUCCGUUUCCAAGUAGUUCUUGAAUGAAAGACACAGGAAAUUCUACCUCUGAUUAUUUUUACACAAACGUAAUCCAAAAUCUUUAGACUAGAGGACAGUAGAUGGAAUUAAUGCCGUUAAACGCUGCUACGCUUCGUAAAAUUCUUCUCGUUCGCUUACACAACAAGCCAUUUUAAAAUUGAGCGUAGGUUAGCUUAUGACUGAUCUCCCGUUCAGGGUUAAACAGUGGUUCUUAGAUUCAUCGCUGGCGUAAGUCCCUAAACCUUAUCACCAGUCG